AGGGGGAAGCGCCGAGGGUUGCCUGACUGGAAUGAGGGUAGCUGCGACGACUGCGGCGGCGGGAGCGGGGCCGGCCAUGGCGGUGUGGACGCGGGCUACCAAAGCGGGGCUCGUGGAGCUGCUUCUGAGGGAGCGCUGGGUCCGAGUGGUGGCCGAGCUGAGCGGAGAGAGCCUGAGUCUGACGGGCGACGCCGCGGCGGCCGAACCCGAGCCGACUCUGGGGCCGACAGCGGCGGCUUUCAACGGCCUCCCGAACGGCGGCGGCGCGGGCGAUUCGCUGCCCGGGAGCCCAAGCCGUGGCCUGGGGCCCCCGAGCCCUCCCGCGCCGCCGCGGGGCCCCACGGGCGAGGCGGGCGCGUCGCCGCCUGUGCGCCGGGUGCGAGUGGUGAAGCAGGAGGCGGGCGGCCUGGGCAUCAGCAUCAAGGGCGGCCGCGAGAACCGGAUGCCGAUCCUCAUUUCCAAGAUCUUCCCGGGGCUGGCUGCAGACCAGAGCCGGGCGCUGCGGCUGGGCGACGCCAUCCUGUCGGUGAACGGCACGGACCUGCGCCAGGCCACCCACGACCAGGCAGUGCAGGCGUUGAAGCGCGCGGGCAAGGAGGUGCUGCUGGAGGUCAAGUUCAUCCGAGAAGUAACACCAUAUAUCAAGAAGCCAUCCUUAGUAUCAGAUCUGCCAUGGGAGGGUGCAGCUCCCCAGUCACCAAGCUUUAGUGGCAAUGAGGACUCUGGCUCUCCAAAACACCAGAACAGCACCAAGGACAGGAAGGUCAUCCCUCUCAAAAUGUGCUUCGCUGCUAGAAACCUAAGCAUGCCAGAUCUGGAAAACAGAUUGAUAGAGCUACAUUCCCCUGAUAGCCGGAACACAUUGAUCCUACGCUGCAAGGACACAGCCACAGCACACUCCUGGUUCGUAGCUAUCCACACCAACAUAAUGGCUCUCCUCCCACAGGUGCUGGCUGAACUCAAUGCCAUGCUUGGUGCAACCAGUACAGUGGGAGGCAGCAAGGAAGUCAAGCACAUUGCCUGGCUGGCAGAACAGGCAAAACUGGAUGGUGGAAGACAACAGUGGAGACCUGUCCUCAUGGCUGUGACUGAGAAGGACUUGCUGCUUUAUGACUGUAUGCCAUGGACAAGAGAUGCUUGGGCCUCGCCAUGUCAUAGCUACCCUCUUGUUGCCACAAGGUUGGUUCAUUCUGGCUCUGGAUGUCGGUCGCCCUCCCUUGGAUCUGACCUUACCUUUGCUACCAGGACGGGCUCUCGGCAGGGCAUUGAGAUGCAUCUCUUCAGGGUAGAAACACAUCGGGAUCUGUCGACGUGGACCAGGAUACUUGUUCAGGGUUGCCAUGCUGCAGCUGAGUUAAUCAAGGAAGUCUCCCUAGGCUGCACCUUAAAUGGCCAAGAAGUAAGAUUCAACGUACACUAUGAAAAUGGGUUCACCAUCUCCAGGGAAAAUGGAGGCUCCAGCAGCAUAUUGUACCGCUACCCCUUUGAACGGCUGAAAAUGUCUGCUGAUGAUAGCAUCAGAAAUCUCUAUCUGGAUUUUGGUGGUCCUGAAGGAGAACUGACCAUGGAUCUGCACUCUUGUCCAAAACCGAUUGUAUUUGUGUUGCAUACAUUCUUGUCAGCCAAAGUCACUCGCAUGGGACUGCUUGUAUGAGCAGCAGAAAAAAGCCUUGACUGUCACAAGAAGUAUUUCCACCUCAAAAAAAAAAAAAAAA